AACCAACCAAGGCCUUGCCUGCCAAGUUUUCCCGCGACACCGUCGUCAUUUCCUGCCUGCCCACGCGGACGCGAAUCUGAUAGAUGGGUAAGGGUGGACGUGAUCUUCUUAUCUCUCUCUCGUCACUCUUCAACAGAUUGACGCUUUCCGUCUUCUUUCUCCUCUCCUCUCUCGCUCAAGGAUUGGUAGUGUGCUUCUCACGACUACCGUCAAUGAUCAUCCGCUGAGCGGACAACAACCACGCCAAGAUGUCUACCAUCGACCCGGGUAUUGAAGAGACCAUCAACGAAAAGGCAGAUCCUUCCAUGGACGACAAAGAUGGGGCGAAAGACGAUGCUGCCAUCGACGAGAACCCCACCAAUGAAGAGGCGGCCAACGAGGCCCAGCGAACCAUGGAGCAAGACGAGCGCGAAGACUUUGAAUUUAAGAAUCGCUGGUGGUUCGCAUCCGUCGCUGCUCCGCUGCUCGCGGGUACCUUUGGUCCCAUGGCCACCGCCUUCAACAUCCUCGCCCUCGCCUACUACUGGAGGGAGUCCAUCCCCACCGGCGUCCCUCCCGGCCAGGGAGAGAAGCUGGGCCACACCAUUAAAGAUCCGCCAUGGAAUACGGCCCUCAAUGCCCUCUCUCUCGUGUGUGCCCUGAUUGGCAACGGCUCCCUCCUGCUCAACAUGGCGCGCAGGGUGAAAUUCGAGAUUGCACAGCCGCUGACCAUCGCCGGGUACAUGCUCGCCGGUCUGCUGUUGAUCGCUGAUGUAUCCGCCAUGAGCAGCGGCCCGCACUACUGGAUCACGCAGCCCCCGCUGAUCCCCAACUCGCGGCACGCAUUGACCUCCGCCUUCUACUACGCCUGCUACGCCGCCGGCAUCUACACCUGCCUGGCCUUCCUCAUGUGCUUCACCGUCUACGGCGCAGUGGCCGGCAAAUACACGAAGCAGUUCCAGCUCACCCUCUCCCAGCGCUCACUCAUGCUGCAGACCAUGUCCCUCGUCACCUACCUCCUCCUCGGCGCCCUGGUGUACAGCCACAUCGAAGCCUGGGACUUCCUCACCGCCGUCUACUGGGCCGACGUCACCAUCCUCACCAUCGGCUUCGGCGACGUCUCCCCCAAGACGAGUCUCGGCCGUGGUCUCCUCUUCCCCUUCGCCAUGGGCGGCGUCCUCACCCUCGGUCUGGUCAUUGGCAGCAUUCGUUCCUUGGUAUUGGAGCGCGGCUCGGAGAAAAUGUCGGCACGCAUGCUGGAGAAGCGACGGGCAAAGGCGGUCAAUAACGUUGACUCGAAGCGUGAGGUCGUCAAGAUCUCCAUGUUUGCCCGUGCGCACUACCGCAUCGAUCCCGACAUGUCGUUGGCGCAGAAGCGAGAGCAGGAGUUUGAUGUGAUGCGCAAGGUGCAAAAAGCGGCAGACUCGGAACGCCGGUAUUUCGCUCUCUUCAACUCCGCCCUCUUUGCCGUCCUCUUGUGGCUUGUGGGCGCAGUCAUCUUCCAGCAGACGGAGUAUCUGCAGAAUUGGACCUACCUGGAAGCAGUGUACAUGGCCUACGUGGCUCUGCUCACCAUCGGUUAUGGCGACUUUGCGCCAAAGUCGAACAGCGGACGCGCCUUUUUCGUCUUCUGGUCCCUCCUCGCCAUCCCCUCCCUCACCAUCUUGAUCUCCAACAUGGGCGACACGGUUGUCAAGUGGGUAUCGGACAUGACCGAAUGGGUCAGCAGAUUUACCGUUCUGCCCGGCGAGGAAGGCUUCCGAGCGUCUCUUCGUGCGGGCGGGGUCGAUAUCGUGCAAAGGUUCAGCGAUAUGGUCCACUCUUUCACAGGCCCGGGAGUCUUUGGCAUCAGCCCGCGUGGCCCGGAGAGCAGCGUGAGCAGCUCCGAGUACGAGAAUAAGAUGCUCGACCGUCUGGCGGAGCGGCUCGAUCACCACGUCGACGACGACGAGCGCGAGCAGUGGAAGAAGCUGAAGGAAGCAAAAGAGGAGGCGCAGGAAGCGAAGGAGGAGCAAGACAAGGCGAAGACGGCGGAGGAGGCGCAGGAGAAGGACAUCAUGUUCUACCACUACGUACUGUCGCGCGAGUGCCGCAACCUGCAGAAGAUUGUCAACAACGAGCCCUCCAAGCAGUUCUCCUGGGCGGAUUGGGAGUACUACCUCAAACUCGUCGGUGACCAGGAUGACCCGGAGGAUUAUCCGGGGCAGAAACAUCCCGACCUUCUGGUGCCGGAACCGUUGCGCGCCCCCGACGGCCUCCGCAGCACCGACCCGGUCGAGCAAAGCCGCAGCAAAUCCGGCUCCGACACAGACGCCAGUCUAGAAAAGGAGUCCACCAGCCACAACAACGACAACGACGCACCAAACCCUCACUCAACCGACGGCAACAUCGACCGCGCGACCUCCGUGCGGGAACAACUCGAAGCAAAACGCAAGUCCUUCGGCCGCAGCAAACACAAGCCCCCCACCAACCCGGAUGACCUGCCCUACUUCCUGCGCGACUGGUCCUGGCUGUCAAACGAGUCGCCGCUGCUGAGCAACCGCUCGGAAGCGGCGUGGAUUCUCGAGCGCAUGUCGGCCGCGCUGGAGCGCGAGCUGAACCGGCAUCGCAAGGGGUAUCGCGCGACGCCGCCGAUUGGGCUCAAGGACGCGCGGCGCCGGGCUUUGGCGAAGGAGGAGCAGAAGGCGGAUGGAGGGGCGGAGGAGCGGGAGAAGAGGACGGAGCAGCGGCAUUUGGCCAAGGCGGAGAAGGAGGAGGUGGAGGGGUGAUUUUGGUUUUCUUACCUCUUGGUGGGCAUGGGGUUGGGUGGUGGGGGGAUGUGCUUUGCGUGAUGAUACCCAUGGAUAGUAUUUUGCAGCGUUUUGAGCGUGGGCCUGAUUAAUCAGUGCUGGUCGGGACUUACUUGGGUCUGUGGUUGUUACUUGGGAGGUCAUAUAC